AUGCACGAGGAGGAACUGCAGGCUGCUCGUGACAAGGUGGUCCUGCUGUCGACCAGUCUCGCGAAAGUCGAUCCCAGCGAUGUGGCCAUCUGGGAACGCAUUUGUCAACUCUGUGACCUUGCGGGUAAUUCCGGCGACUGGUCUGGGGCCGGCAGCAUAUCGCUCAACAGAGCCUCCACCACCACCACUCAAUGCUCACAGAACCCGUCAAAGGAUGUGACACGUUUCAGGUCGCUCUUGCUGUCACUGAGAAAGGAUCCGCCUAAAUUGCUGCAUCAGUAA